AAACUAUCUUUCUAACCAUAUACGCUCUAUAGUAGACGGGACAUCCGGAUAGAAGAACCCGCGGAAAAGGAUUUCCCCCCCGCACAGCGUUGAGGAAUAGCGCGUAUGGAGAGAGUGAGAUUAACCACGGCCACGGGUGACAAAGCGCCAACACUUUUACUCUGAGGAAAAGUUGUAGUUCCCAGCAGAUUCAGGAAUGUUUCUGUCAGAGUCUGAAGAUGAGUUGCAGCACCUUCAGUCGGACUCGUUAGGCUCGGAGAGCAGCACUUGCAGUCUGGAGGAGGAGGAGGAGGAGAAGGAAGAGGAGGGAAACUACAUUCCGACAGGUUUGCCCCGAGGAUCACAUCACAGAGACUUCACUGAUGAGGAGAGUUCAGAGAAGAAGGGGGAAAAGACACCAUUGUUAAGAAGAGCAACCAGAAAGCGUUGUUGCUCUUUGUCCAUUUCGCCUGUGUCAUCAUCCCUGAAAUCUCCACCGAAGAAAUGUGAACAGCGUCCACACAGAAAAAAGCUCCACUAUGCAACUACACCCCAAAAAAACUCCUGCCCUCAUCCUGGGAGGACAGUUUCCACACCACGUAGGAAGAAGGGAAAGAAAAAGGGGCCAGCAGGAACACAGCUUGAAGCAGAGGAAGAUGAGGAUGAUGGAGGGCGGUGGCACAACAUAGAUGAGGACGAUAUUGUGCCUCCUCAGCCACGGUUCAGACCUGAGAGAGAAGUAGGUCCACAGCUCAACAGGACUGCGAAUUACACACCACUUGAACUGUUCCAGCUUUUCUUUUCCACAACAGUUGUUAAUACAUUGGUGAGAAACACCAAUGCCUAUGGUGAAAAGAAAUAUCAAAGCCAGAGGGAAAGCUGGGUCCAUGUCACAACAGCAGAUAUGUACUCCUUCAUCAGCCUUGUUCUCUACAUGGGUCUUGUGCCACUCAAAACUCUUAAAGAGUUCUGGAGAGGAUCUAAGCUGUUCAGCCUGCCAUUUCCUGCCUCUGUCAUGCCUUGCAGACGCUUCCUAGCCAUUUCCCGCAGUCUGCACAUGAAUGACCCUGCAGCUGAAGCAACAAAUGACCAGAAGAAGGGGACAGCAGGGUAUGAUAGACUUUGCAAAAUAAAGCCACUAUAUCAGCACAUUUUGGAGGCAUGCCACACUUUUUUUCAUCCUCACCAGCAUAUCUCUAUAGAUGAACGGAUGGUGGCAAGUAAAGCAAAGAUAGGACUCAAGCAGUACAUUAAAAACAAACCCACUAAAUGGGGCUUCAAGUUGUUUGUGUUAGCUGACUCAACAUGUGGUUACACUCUUAACUUUUUCGUGUAUGGUGGGAGAGACAGUGAGCCUACAGGAAAAGGGAUAGGCUACGAUGCUGUCAUGAGACUGCUAAACAUUCCCUUUUUAGGAAAAGGAUACAAGCUCUAUGUGGACAACUUUUACACCAGUCCAACUCUAUUCCGUGACCUUCUUGAGAGAAAAAUCUGGGCAUGUGGAACUGUCCGUUCCACUGUAGCUGGUUAUCCCAAAAGCAAAAGAAAUGACAUGACCAAGAACACAGCAAGGGGAGCUAUCCGGUGGGUCAGAAAUGGGAAGCUGUUGUUUGUCAAGUGGUUAGAUGCACGAGAGGUUUCGAUGUGCUCCACUUUACACAAAGCAUACAGCAAUGACAUGGUGCAGCGCAAAGUGAAAAACAAAGAUGGACAGUGGACAGUGAAGCAGGUAACUAUCCCAGGCUGCAUCAAAGAUUACAACCGUCACAUGGGUGGCGUAGACUUGUCAGAUGCACUUAUUAGAUACUACAAUGUUCUCCAUAAAACCCAGAAAUGGUACAAAACCCUGUUUUAUCACUUUGUGGACAUAGCCACUGUAAAUGCAUUCAUCCUACACAAAGAAAUGUGCAAAUUGCACAACAUGCCAAUAAUAACACAGAAAAACUUUAGAGAACAACUGAUUUUGUCCCUGGCUGAGAUUGGCUCUACUCCACGCCGGUCUGCUCCACAAAACUUUAUGUUGCCCACCUCUCCUUUUAAAGGACCCUCUUCAGUGGCAUCAGCCUCUGCAGCUAAUGUUCCGCCCACUUUAUCCCGGUCCUGCUGCCAUGUGCCUUUGACUGCUGUGUCUAAAGAAACACCUGGCUCCUUUUCCAAAGUGCCACCUCCUCCUCUAUCCAAUGAGGAGCCCUCUUCUACAGCUUCUGAUGUUCCAGGUUCAGGUCACCUGCCAGCUUAUUUUGUAGAACAAAUGAGUAAUGUGGCCCCUAGGAAGCGGGCUACUGCUGGCAGAAGGUCAUGUGUGGUCUGCAAAAGAAAAUCACCAGUCUACUGCCGUACUUGUCAAAAAACACUUUGUUUCACAACUUCAAGGAACUGCUAUAGUGAGUGGCACAGAAGCAACAGGAUCUGUAUCUAGUCUGUGUGAAGGGCCUUUAAUGGUUACCUGUUUUGCCUUUUAUAAACACCUGCGUUUGGUCACAAUUGUCAGAUGCCUUGGUUUGAUGAUGAUGAUUCAAAUUUAAGGCUUUUUUUCUUUCUUUUUUUUAAAUAUCCUGUUAUUUGCCACACAAAUACAAAGUAUCUAAAACCCUGUAAACUGUCCAACAAGCCCAGAAAUACUAUCUUGAAUGUACACAUGAGCUAGAUUGUUAAGUGACUGGUAAGUUUAUGUGGCCUACUGCUUCAUGGUGCAUUCAAAUAUUAUAUCUAAAGUCUACAAAACUUUGAAAAUGUAACUGUCAUCUAAACCAACCUUGAGAAGUAAUCUCACGCCUGGUGAGUCAGGGUUUCAGCAUCAUAAGAUGAGACAGUGUAACCCAUAACACUGCUGGCAAGACUGCAUUUGAAAUAGACCCCCCCCCCCCCGAUACACACACACACACACACUUGAUUUCAUGCCCUUAAUAUCUAUAACUAAGAUGCUUGAUGAAGACAUUCAUGGAUAUUACUUCACUGGUAUUCACUGAUGUGGUGAUGGUGCUUUAUGAGUGCAAAUAGAUUUAUGCUAAGAAGUCUUCAAUGAACUGCCAAUUACUGUCCACUGUCUAUUAUAACACAUGCACUAUUUUCUCUGAUGUUUUUUUUCUUGUUUUGAUGUUUAGAGUUUGUGUUUAAUUUAUUUAUGACACAUAAGAGUAACUGGUUACUCAAGCAUUUGUUUCUGUCCUCAUGCAGAUUUUAGGUUGUGUGGUUGGUGCAGCUAUGUGUGUAACUUUUUGGCAGCUCAUCUAAUCUUUGACAUUUCCACCAACCUCAGCAGUUGAGGAUGAGGCCAAGUUGGUUUCUGGCAACAUUUAUCACACUCAGCUAGAUUUGGCAUCUUCAGCUUGACUUCCAGCGACCACAAUAAUGUGACUCUAGAUGAAGAUGCAGCAGCAUAGGUUAUAAGGACAAAUUACAAACAUUGGAACCUUCCACACUACCCUGUCACUGACAAUGUCACUACGCCUGUGACUGUUACAUCGUUGGCUGCCACUGACUGCUAAAGACGUCAAGUCGGCCACUGUGUUGAAAAUGACUGGCAGCCAAUGAGUUACUGUUGCUCCAAAACUCAGUAGCCCAUCAGUAGGCAGCUUCCUAAGCUUUUCCCCACUGUGAUUAAACGACCAAUGAAAUCUCGCCAACCAAUGAUUAUUCUGGUCGACCAUAAGGUGGCAGCCCUAUCUGAAAUAUAGUCAUUUUGAAAUAUAUACUGUUGAUACAUUGCAAAAGCAUUUUUUUUAAUCAGAACUCAUGUUACCACUGAUGUACAGUAUUACCUCUCUUUGGAGUAGAAAUGGUGACUUGGAGUUGUUCUUUUUGGUGUUUUGUCAAAGCAGAAUAAACUAUUUCAAAAGGGA